AUGGAGGCUUUUGUGUCCAGGGUGCUGCCCCACCUCUGCACCAAAGUGCCUGCAGAGAGAACUAUUGCGAAUAUCACCUACUCUAUUGUGAAUGAAGUAACCAAUGAGGAAUUUCAUCUUGUAUUGAGUAGAGAUGAAGAGUGGGACCAACUUGUGGCCGAUGUUGAGUUAACCAGACAUGAGGCAAAGGCAGUUCAUGAACGUCUAAAGAAACAUGAAAAACUCACGGCUGUGGAAAUCAAAGAGAUGUGCCAACAAGAGAAGGAGGUUAGGGAGAAGUUUUUGAAGAUUUUAUAUUCCCAGGUGAAAAAAGAUGUUGAAGUGCAUAUAAAACAGCUAUAUGCCUUUGCAGAAAUGACUGAUAAGGUCCACAAGAUCUGUACCAUUGUUAAUGUGGUGGCAGACUCCAUUGUCAUCCUAUCCAACAUCUUGUAUAUUAUGGGCAUAGGUCUGGCCCCAUUUACAGCAGGGCUCAGUUCAGCAGUUUCAGAACCUGCCCUUUCGAUGGGGAUACUGGCUAUUAUCACAGCUGUGGUCAGCACCACCAUUGACCACAGAUGUAUGGCAUGCAUAGAAGCUGAAGUCAACAAAUUGGAAUCAACUGAAAAAAAUUUACAUAGGCUCUGGGAACUUUUAGGUGACAGCAAAGAAAGAAUCUCUUCUUUAAUAAAUAAUUUUAAGGUUGCGAGAAACAUAGAAAAUUAUGCUUAUUGCAAUAGGCUUAGCAUGCUCGGCCCCAGGUUGGGAGCUCAUAAUGUGUGGGGCACAAUGUUAGUAGACACUGCUAGUACAAUGAGCAAGGGAACCUAUGUCAUUGGUGGGGUCUCCAAAGGUUUAGCAAUUCUUUUGGAUGGAUACAGUCUACUGCAAGUCUCAAAGGAUUUACAAGAUGUGGGGAAAUCACAGUCUGGUCAGAAGCUGAGGCAGUGGGCUCAGGAGCUGGAAAAUAUGUUGGUGAGACUCCAACAGUUCUAUAAGAAUCUGAAGUAG